AUGACAUCAAGAAAAUGUUCAGCAAGAGACUUCAUUUUUAAGGAAGAACUUGGGCAUGGUUCUUAUUCAACAGUGUAUAAAGCAUAUGACAAACGAAAUAUCAAACGAAUAUUUGCUGUUAAAGUUUGUUCUAAGGCACAUAUUAUAAAAGAAGGGAAAGUAAAAUACGUUACAAUAGAGAAAAAUACUUUGAAUCUUCUAGCUAAAGGAAAUCACCCAGGGAUCAUCAAACUUUAUUAUACAUUUCAUGACGAACAAAAUCUUUAUUUUGUUUUGGAUUUUGCUUCUGGUGGUGAAUUAUUAUCACUUUUACAUAAAUAUGGUACUUUUAGUGAAUCAUGGUCCAAACACUUCACUGCACAAUUAAUAGAUACAUUAGAUUAUAUACAUUCACAAGGGGUUAUUCAUAGAGAUUUGAAACCUGAAAAUGUGUUGCUAAAUAAAACUGGGUCAUUAACGAUUACAGAUUUUGGUGCAGCACUGUUUACUCAUUGUGACGGUAAUAAUAAUAAUCAUAAUAAUAACGAUGACGAACAGAUAACAAGUGCUUCUUCUUUUGUUGGAACUGCAGAAUAUGUUUCCCCAGAACUAUUACUACACAACCAAUGUGGUUUUGGAUCAGAUAUAUGGGCAUUAGGCUGUAUGAUUUUCCAGUUUUUUGAGGGUCAUCCACCUUUUAGGGGUGAAAAUGAAUUAAAAACUUUCGAAAAAAUUGUUUCCUUGGAAUACUUAUGGAAUGGAUCCCAAAGUAUUAUCGAUUCGAGGAUUAAAAGCGGCAUACCAUCUAUUGUGAUUUCAUUAGUUAAAAAGAUAUUGGUGAUUGACACUAAAGAGAGAUUAUCAUUAAAUAACAUAAAAUCAAAUCCUUGGUUCAAUGAUAUCAAUUGGGAAAAUAAGAAGAAUAUAUGGAAAGGUAUAUGGGAAAUUGGACAAAAUGAGGUGUCAACAAGACAUUCUAAAGGAGUUUCAUCCAAUGAUAACAACAAUAAUGUAGGGACUAACUUUACUGCAAAUUCAUAUCAUAGGAUGAUACCAAAUAGACAAUUACAUGUCAUUGAUACUCCAAUUAAAAGUAUUGAAAUCACCAAACAAAAGAAAAAAAAACCCACAAAAAUAUCAAAUACAACAAGUAGUAUAGUUGAAUGGAGAAAAAAAUUAGGAAUAUCAACCACACAUAUAAAUAAUAAAUUACAAAUUGUAGAUAUGACAACAGAUAUUGAUAAUAUUGGUAGUGAUUUGAUAACUCCUAUUCGAUUAAGCACAAAGCCCAAGAUUAAUACUAAUACUACUACUACUAAUAAUAAUAAAACUGUCAAAAUUAGUAGCAGUAAUAAUAAUACAACAGAUAAACAGGAUUUUAUUUCUCAACAGCAUGGUGUUAAAAAUACCAACAAUUUACAUAAUAUUAUGAAUAUUACUACAACUCUAGAGCCAAAUAUUAAAAACGAAGAAGUGACUACAUUAAAUACGGAUUCUCAAAAUCAAAUAAAUAACGAAAAAUGCAGCCUUAAUAAUAAAAAUCAUGAUCUAUCGCAAGAUCCAAUAAUUAAAAUAGAUAAGACAACAAUAUUAUCUCAAUUACCAAAUCAAAAUGAUGUUUUAACAUCUUCCACUGCAAAGUUAACAAAAUUAAAUAUUUUUAAACAAGGAUAUGUACACUUGUAUGAAAUUCCAUAUAAACAAAACGGACCAGAAAUGUCAUUGACUAGUUAUAAUCAAAUUGACAAUGAUUUAAUCACAACGUUUGUCACUUCUCAUCAAAACAAUCUUAAAAGCCCUAAUGAUAUUUUAAAUUUAUUAAUUUUAAAGAAGAAUGGUUCUUUAUACUUUUGUAAUAUUCAACCUACUAAAACUAAUGAAAACAAGGCUUCUGUUGAACACUUUAUAGUUAAUAUAGGCGAUUCCGAUUUAUCUGUUUAUGAUUUCGAAUUUGAUGAAAUUGCCAAAAGUGGAUUUCUGAUCUUGGAGAAAUACAGAAAAAAUAUAUGGUUUAUAUCCUUACCCAAAUCUGAUGAAUUGAAGAAUGACCAAAAUAUUAAUGAACAAAGGACCUGGGUAGACUGCUUUUUCACUGUCAGACAAUUAAUUGAAGAUCAAUCAAAUAAUGAUAUUGAAAAUCAUGUAGAUAAUGUUACGAGUAAAUUAGAUGAUGUUACAGUCAUUGAUAAGGCAGGCUCUUCUAAGAUGAAAUACACUGAUGCUCCAACAACUCCAACAACUUCAACCAAAGUGUCGGUGCAACCUCCUUCACACUCACCAAAAUUUAACACAAAGAAAAUGGCUUCUAAAAUCACUUCACAAUCAAAAAGUCCAUCUACAUUUAGAAGUCCAAAUUAUUAUGAUAAAAAAAAAUCCAAUAAUAUACAUAUAAACACAACAUGUAAUAACAUUCCAUCGCCAACCGCACAUAUACCAAGACAAAGACAAACGUCAGCCAAUUUUUCAAGCAGUAAUAAUCCAAAUAAUAAUAAAUCAAUAGCAGAUACCCAAUCUUACGGUAUUGACAACAAUAUACCAACAUAUUCUUCUAUUCCCCAUCCAAUAAGUCUACCAACAACAUUACGCGUCAAUACCAAUAAUAUACAUAAAACUCCAUCAUCACCUAUAUUACCGUCAUCAUCACCCUUAUUUUCACGUAUGACAGUCAAUGAACAUAAAAAAGUCCUGUCUCCUCACUUCAAGGCUAAAUCAUUUCUGUCUAACUCAUCGUCGAAUGCACAUACUAGUAAUAAUAGUAGCCACAGCAAUACCCACUAUACUAUUUUAAACUCCCCAACAUCCAAUACAAAGAAAUAUAAUGCACCUAAAAAUAUGGUUAUAACUAGUAGUCGUUACGAAGUCAUUCAUACGUUAUCGAAUCAGAAUAUAUUGGACCAAUCAGUUGCAAGUUCAGGUGCAUCUGCUGCAUUCAAGAGUUUACAAAGAAAAAAAUCAGGCCAUAGUGCACAGUGA